UACCGCUGAUCACACGUACGAGACUGGGAAAGGGAGCUACAUGCUAGUGGAUAGCAGUGUCAACUCUACCUCAAUAUACACCCGUCUUCGCAGUCCCGUUCACCCACCAACAAAGGGAUCUUGUAUUUCUUUCUAUUACCACAAAUCUGGUACAAAUGAACUAGCAGUUGAAGGGAGGUUUUCUCCUAUACUUAAAAUAGCUGGUGGACGAUGGAUUCAAACGGGGGAACGGAAAGAAUGGACUAAGGGGCAGGUUUCCAUACGGUCCAGUCAAUCUCUGCAGUUUGUGUUUCGUGCAAGAAUUAAUCCUAGCGAAGAAGGCCAUAUAGCAGUUGACGACGUUAGCUACACCGAAGGUGAAUGCCCACAUCCAGGAAACUGUGAUUUUGAGACUAACAUUUGUUCUUGGACCAACAAUAACAAGGGCGAUAUUCAAUGGAUUAGAGCAAAGGGAGGAAAACCUAGUGGGCCGACUAUUGAUCAUACAAAAAGUAGUCCCGAGGGAUACUACAUGGUUCUUGAUGCUUCACUCCCAAGGAUCCCGGGACAGAAAGCUUUACUUCUCAGUGAACAGUUUGAGACUACAGGUUGGACAGACAGACAUUGUAUAACCUUCUGGUAUCAUAUGUACGGAGAUGGCAUAGGCACCCUCAGUGUACUCCUGCGCAAAAGAACUGGUGAUGUGUUGCUAUGGCAGCUAAGUGGAACACAGGCUGACCAAUGGAGAUUCGCCCAAGCUUCAUGGAAUUAUGCUAACUGGCACGAAAUUGUUAUAGUAGGUACCAGAGGAGGAAAUACAGAAGGGGACAUCGCAAUUGAUGACGUGGAAAUAAUCAAAUCUUCUUGUGCUGUUACACCAUCCGUUGCUGAUGGAAGAUUUAUUUCAACAACUCAAAGACCGACAACUGUAGUACCGACUCAGUGGAAGCCCGAUACAAAGUUUGACUGCAGUUUUGAGAAAGAUUUCUGCACAUGGACAUCGAACUCUUCAGAUGUUCCAUGGGUAAGGGCCCAGGGACCAACGGGAAACAUUUCAUCAGGUCCCACCGUUGACCACACUCUAGGCACAGGUCAGGGCUGGUACGUCUACGUUCCCUUGGCAACAUCGGAUGACCGUAAAUCCGGAAGGGCGAAGCUGGUAUCAAGUUUGAUCGGCUCAAGCACUACACUAUGUUUAAGCUUCUGGUAUCACAUGUACGGUCCAAAUGUUGGACGUCUCAGCGUUUACAUUGAUAUAAAUGGUGUCAUCGAAGGACCCAUAUGGACGAGAAUUGGUACACACGGCUUUGCAUGGAACUUUGGACAAGUGAAACUGCGAAUGAAUGAAAAGUAUAAAGUGAUGUUUGUUGGGAACAGGAAACCUGGUUACUAUGGAGAGAUAGCUCUUGAUGACGUAAGGAUUGGAGCUGGCUCUUGUAAAGAACCAGCUGGAUUCUGUUCAUUCGAAUCUGGUCUUUGCGGUUGGGUGGUUCCUGUUAACGACACAAAUACAUGGUUACGACAAACCAGUAUAACCUCCACUGGAGCUGCACCUAAAUCAGAUCACACUACGGGAACUGAAAGAGGAAAUUAUAUAAUCGCCACGGGGAAAGGAGGGCCAGGCACCUCUUCCAUCCUCUCCCCAACGUUCACACAGUCGGUAUCACAGUGUCUAAACUUCUGGUACAUUAUGAAUGGAAAGGGCCUAGGAGUCCUCAAUGUGUACCUGUCGAUAGAUGGCAAGAGGCAACAGUACCCCGUUUGGUCAAACGCCCAUGAUCAGGGAGCGAGGUGGACGCUUGGUCAGAUAUCUAUUGUACAAAAUGGAUUUUACAAGGUCGAGUUUUACGCAAUUGUAUAUAAUGAAAACAAAGGACAUAUAGCAGUUGAUGACAUAAGCUUAAAACCAGGCCAAUGCCAAGCUCCUGGCAAUUGUGAUUUCGAGAAUGGUUUAUGCAGCUGGUUUAACAAUGCUGAUAAUGAUAUGGACUGGAACAUUGGACGUGGC